AGAUUCUGGGCCAAAGCAGAGACAGAGAGAGAGAGAAACAGAGAGGAGCAGCAAACUUUACUGAACAGCUCCAGCUCCUCAGGGUGCGGAUCUGUACGGAUUAAUGACGGUCAUCUCCUCCUACUGACCGGUUCCCGCGUGUUGAGAGGCUUUUGAAGUCUGUGGCCAUGCGUUUUAAUCAGACGAUAGUGCUGUGUAUGCUAUGCUUGUGUGUGCAGGCGCUGCAGGCCUGUCUGAUAAUCAGUGAAGUGAACUGUGACAAUCCCAGCUUGGACACCAAGGAGUUUGUGGAACUUUACUAUCUGGGUGGAAGCUCCAUCUCUCUGGAUGGCUACACGCUGGUCUUCUACAAUGGUAAUGGGAACAGAGCCUACCGUGUGGUGGAUCUGAGCGAGCACCACACGGACGAACGCGGCUUCUUCUUGGUGGGCUCCGCUGAGCUGCGCCCCCAGCCGGCCGUCUCCCUCCCACCCAACUCCAUCCAGAACGGCCCAGACGCCAUCGCCCUUUACGGCCCGUCCUGGGACCCCGUGGCCGAGGGAGGGAACGUCUCCGCAGUCGGACUGCUGGACGCCAUAGUCUACACCUCACGCAAAGCACCGGGCAAUGCUGACUUCCUGGCGUGGGUCCUCACACCUGGUUUUAAACCGUAUCUGGAAGAUGAGCAAGCCUUGGUGGGAGACGAGUCAAUACAGCGAUGCUGGCUGUCUGAUAACCUCUACACCUUCCAGAACGGCAGCCCCACAGCAGGUCUGCCAAACGACUGCUCCCUACCAAGCUUCAAUUCCCUGCGGAUUAACAUGAUUCAGCUGGGUGGAGAGAAGCCUGCUGGACCGCUGGAGCUCAGCGUUGAUCGUGCAAUGGGGCCUUUGACCGUGGUUGUGUACGACACACAGAAGGACACGGUCAGCGCCAGCAUGGAAUUCCGAACCAGUAAAGUUGGGCCUGCCGCUGUGAACAUCGACACCACUGCUCUCUCAAAAUUGGACGGUUGGGCAUUGGCAAUUUAUGAUGGACAGGUCACAGACUUCCCUAAAGACAGCCCUCUCAGUCAGCUGCAGCCACUCGAUGCCUUCGUCUACGGCGGGAGGACAAGAACACCCAGUACCAACCUUACAGAAACACUUAUACCAGGGAGAAAACCCUUCAAACUGGACAGCGGGUUUCCCGAGGGUGAUGCCUACAUCAUGCGCUGCGGUGUUGCUCAUUGGACAAGAGAUCCAGGAGUGUUCCAGCUUCUCGCACAAAAAAACUCAGGCCUGUGCACGUGGUAUACCACCUGCCCUUAUAACACUGCUGUCAAUUCAACAGAAGAGCCAUUCCAGCCACCAUCACGCAACGAUACAGAUUUCCUGAUCAGCGAGGUGAAUGCUGACUCACCAGGCGCGGCAGAGGAUGAAGAGUUUAUAGAACUGUGGCAUCCAUUUGGCCGACGGAUGUCACUUGAUAACAUCUGGCUGCUGCUUUUCAAUGGCAACAAUGGAAAAGUGUACAAAGAAAUUGAGCUGCAUGGAUACUACACAGAUAAACACGGAUACUUCCUGAUUGGCAGUGAUAAGCUUAGUCCAGAUCUGGCCUUACCAGCCAAUACCAUUCAGAACGGUCCUGAUGCCAUAGCCAUAUACCGCUCAUCAUCACCACCGUCCAGCGAGGGCACAAAUAUUCCAAAGAGUGGACUGCUGGACGCGGUGGUAUACCGGGCACGGGGGUCCGACAAAGACUCCCCAGACUUAAUACAGGCUCUGACGCCAGCACAGCUCCCCCUGCUGGAAGAUUCUACUGCCCUCCCUGAUGACGAGAGCCUCAGUCGGUGUGGAUUGGACAAACUCAGCCUUAACUCCUUUAGGGUUGCUUCACCCACACCAAAGAAAAAGAAUGACUGUCCCCAUCCCCAUCCUCCUGAAGGACUGCUCAUUAACGAGGUGGGCGGAGUUUCUGGAGCCGGGUCGAGUCUCUUUGUGGAGCUGAUUGGUCCUCCUUCACAUGAUUUGCAAGGAUUGAAUUUGGUGCUGCUUGGGAAAGAUGGCGCAAGACACGAUGUCCUGCUAAGUGGGAGCAUUCGAGAGAAUGGAUUCUACUUACUGAAGAAUGAGUCGGGGGCAGAUCAGCCUUUGCCUGAAGUGAGCAGUAUUGGUGCAGUUCUGCUGUGCAUUGAAUUGUUUGGGGAGGUCAGCAUGUGUGGCAGCAACUCUCAAGUUCAAGAUCUGCUAAUAUUCUCAGAUGACCAAAGGUUGCGUCACAAUCUCCAUGGCGGUACACAACAGCAUGUACACCCAGUGCCCAGUUUUGACUCUCUCUCCCGAUGUUCAACAAAUGGAUCUGCUGUCUGGAUCUCCUCCAACCUCCCAACACCCCUUCAGCAGAACCUCUGCCCAAGCUCCGCCUACUCCAACCACAUAGAACUGUGCCUGCAGCCGGAACACAAACAGUUUGAUUGUAAUGAGGAAGGGUUUGCUACGUUAUUGGAGCAGUCUUGUCACUGUGGAAUCUCCAGUCUGCACCUCAAAGGUGUGAAUUUAACAUGCGUAUCAGAAAAGCUGUAUAUAGAGGGUUCAGUACUUGCGCUGUCUGAACAGCAGAGGGAGCAUGUAGUCCAGACCCUGCAGAGCAAGCAACUACCCUCCUGCUCAACCAUCCACGAGAGGAUUUAUAGCAAAGACUCAUCAGUGGGGCUGCAGGUGGGGCUCGUGCUGAUGGUGGUGUUUCUCUUUGCACUGGGAGGCGCCAUUUUCUUCUACUUGUACAAGAAAAGGCAUCCUCAAGACUACUAUUCAAUGGAACUGAAUGAACACGAGUCACCCAUAGAACUUUAGUGUGUGUGGGUGUGGGUGUGUGUAUGUGGGGGGUGCACAUUUGAAGGGAAAGUCUAUUUUUUGUACCAUAUUUUCAGAUUUGUUUUACUUCAGCUUGUCUGUGUAAAUCUGUUUUUGUUUAUCUGGUAAGGGUCCUUCAUAAAUCCAUCCAUGAUUUUCUGAUACAUAAUUGAUGAAGUUUACAUGACCUGUGGAGUCUUUUUUUUUUUUUUUUUUUUUUUUUUUGGAAGGAAAUUCCUGCUUACUGUAACAAAACUGUUUGUUAUGUUUUAAGGUAAAUUUCAAGAUAUUUUAAGAUGUGAAUGUUUUAAUUUGUAACUUGAAUCAUUUACAUUUCUUAAUUGAGAUCAGUAUAAUCAUUUACUGCUUUAUAAAACCACUCUUUAUUCCAUCUCACAGAGUAAAGCUGGUUCACACUACAUGAUUUUGGGACUGAUGAUCCAGAACUAGAUCCUAUUUUUUGGAUAUUUCUCAAUGGGUCUUGCAAACCUAAGCCAAAUAUCUAACAGGUUCAGUAUCAGGGUUGGGACAAAGCUUUGGAAAAAAAUAAGAGACUACUUAAAAAUCAUGAGUUUCUUUGAUUUUACUUGAAUUUAAAAACCUCUGGACUAUAAUCAAGAGGAAGAUGGAUGAUCACAAGCCAUCAAACUAAGCUGAACUGCUUGAAUUUUUGCACCAAGAGUGGCAAAAAGUUAUCCAAAAGCAGUGUGUAAGACUGGUGGAGGAGAACAUGCCAAGAUGCACGAAAACUGUGAUUAAAAACCUGGGUUAUUCCAACAAAUAUUGAUUUCUGAAAUUUUUAAACUUGCAUUAUUUGAGGUCUGAAAGCUCUGCAUAUUUUUCAUUAAUUUGACUUAAUUAAUUAAAUUUAAUUUUUUCUGCAAAUAAAUGUUCUAGAUGACAAUAUUUUUAUUUGGAAUUUGGGAGAAAUAUUGUCUGUAGUUUAUAGAAUAAAACAACAAUGUUAAUUUUACUCAAACAUAUAUCUAUAAAUAGCUAAAUCAGAGAAACUGAUUUAAAUAAUGAAGUGUUCUUUUACAUUUUUUCCAGAGCUCUACACAGGUAUCUUUUAUCCAUUUUCUCACCAGUGUUUUUGUUCUUGUGCAUUUUGGUUGCAAAUUUGUGCAAAAACAACUUGUAUUGCUUGUUUUCUACUAGACAUUCAUUUUAAAGGAAAUAAAAACAACAUUGCAUCAGACUCGUCAUAUGUUCCUCCUGGUGAAGGACUAUAUGUGUGUAAUUUGUAUCACCAAUCAGGUGUAAAAGAGUCAUGAAGUGUGAACCUGGCAUAAUAAGAAUAGGGUUAUUCCCCUGAUCACUCCAUUUCUUUUAUGUUGUUAUUUUUCUUUAUCUUCAGUUUUUAUUGAUGAGCUGAAGUGCAAUUUAACAAGUGUUACAAUCACAGAGGUCUUAUUGAAUCUUAUUGUGUGGGAGCUGGAUGACUUUUUUUUUUUCUUCUGGUAUAUGUGUGUGCCAUAUGUGUCCCAAGGGUACUAAAAAUGGAGAAGCUGCAUGUACUCAGGAUAACUGCAAGCUGUUCGUGUAUGUGUGUGUGAGUGUGUUUGCGUGUGUGAGAGUGUGUGAAGCAUUUCAAAAGGGAAUCAUGUGUUUGGGUUUUGUAUUAGAUAAAUACAUUGAUAUGAUUCGUCAAUCAUUCUUUAUUUUGAUGGUCUCUUAUACAGUAGUUUAUAAAAAAAUAAAAUUACAGGUUUUGCAAACAUUUUUGCAAAAAAAAAAAAAAAAACAAUAAAAACUAAAAACAAUUUUAUUCUGUUUGAUCUUCAACAUGUCCUUAAUUUGUUUCCAGAGCGAGAUGCUAGGCUAAUGCUAACAACAAAACAGGAAUGUCAUCAGUCUACACACCUCUGUAAAUACAUCUGUUUCACACAGAUAAAUAGCAUUUUUUUUAACUAAACAUUUAAUUAUUCAUUAUAUUUGUCAUAUAUUUACUGUUAUGAGGUUGAUUACGGUAUAAAUCUAGUAUUUUAGUAUCAUUAACGUAGCAUCUCCCAUCCGAAAACAAAAAAAAACUGUCCAAGAUAUUGCCUUGCCUUUUUUCUUACACAUAUUUUUUUAGACUAAAAUGAAUUUAAAGCAAAUACAUGGACAUUGUAAAAUAUAUAUGCAAAUUCAUUUCCAUUUUAGAGGUGCAGGCAGUUCAUAAGAGUAAAAAUUACCGAUAUUCAGAAAGCGUGCAGGUUCACUGUAGUGAAUAAUACAGCUAUAUUUGUGUUUUAGACAUCACCACGAGCGUAAAUGUUAAGUUUCUCCACAGAGAACACCAAAUAAUUAUUAUUUAAUACUCAAAUUACAAAGAAAAUUUAACAUUUAGUUAAAUUCAGUUUGGAUAGGUAAGCUUUUAAUGCUAAAUCCAGCUCCAAAAAUCAACUAUGGACCAUCAGAAUAAAGUGUUCUUGUGUAAAUGUGCAUUUUAUCACUUACGUUGUUUUAAAAACAGAUUUAUCUUCUUUUAUACUACACUGCCGAUGGAAAAUGUCAUUUCUAAAUGUUUGAAGUGUCUAAUCUGUAAUGCCACGUUUCACCCCUAGAGGCCAGGAGAAACUAAAAAGAAGGAAUCACUGUCUGUACUGUCUCUUCUUUGCUCUUUUCAUUUCAUUGUUGUUGGCCAUUGCAGGUGACAUGACAUGAUGAGGUUUGACAUUGUGUCUCCCCUGAAAUAUAUCGUGCCUUAGUUCCUUAGAAGUACCCAGUACAAAAUUGUGGAGUUUAUGUCUGUGUUUCCUAAAAGCUUGAUUAUUUUUGAUAAUAUGCUAGAAAAUCUUCCUCUCAUACAUAAGAAGUAAUGAAUGGCAGAUUUUUUUUACCCAGACUGCAUUUCAAUCUUGUGCCUUUCUCAGAUAAUAAAGCACAUUUUACGUAAAAUUUAA